AUGAGCAACAAUAUGGAUGAAUCAAAGUCGAAUGACGUUCAGCCGCUGGCACCCUCAGACAGGCCCCCUUGGUUGAUACAUGUCGAGGGCAGAAUAGCCGAGGAAAAUGAACAACUUGACUCUGGCGCCAUUUACUUUGAGAUCAUCCAAGAUUUGCUCCUUGCAUCCGACAGCGACGACACCGCAGUCACCAAGGCCAUCAAACGGUUCAACGAACAUUACGUUGCUGGCUUCGCGGGAGAAGACUGUGGAGAAGACAGCCGCCCGAUAGGCAAAGUCCCCUUCACGGACAUCAGACACGACAGGCUUGCCAAUUUCUUGAUUGGUAUCAAGCGCGAUGCAGCAGAUGAGUUCGGCAAGGAGGACCCUCAAUUCGUUUAUUUCGGAUGGGGGCUUGAGGUUGCUGCUGCCGAGGAUUGGAAUAGCAGUCAUGCCAAGGGAGUUACUAGAGACAACGAAUUCCGGACUGCAAGCCAGGCCUCCCAUUCAUGGGUCAACAAAUCAGCUCUGCUGGCGAAGCUCUUCAGCGCUGAGCUUUUGGAUGCGGACGGGACCCGUUGGAUUUCCGGGGAUUUUGAAAGUGCUUUCGAAACACGUACUUCCGGAGACUUGGCAACCAAUAUUGGUCGAAAAGCCCAAGUGGUUGCCCAGGCUAACUACAUCCUGAUUGCAGGAGAUGCCUACAUCAAGGAAGUGAAACAGCCUUUAAAAAGGUACCGCGUUGAGGUGACGCCAGCAAGGUGGAAGCUCUGGGCCUCGAAGCUACAGGAGGUUGCGGAUGCAGCAAGCAUAGAUGCAGAAUGGGAUCUCAGGAACAGGGCUCAGAAGGCUUAUGGGAAGAUGGUUGAAUUAUAUCCGGAGGCAUUUAAGACAGAGGAGCCGCAGGUGGACAAGAGUUGA